UUAGAGACUUCUCUUGUCCAAGUUCCUCAUUCGUGCUCCAAAGUUAGUUCUUCGUCAAAUUGCGUAUAUCAUACUCUCUGUUUCACAUCCUCUUUGUUUCAAAAAAAUACAGAAUCUUUUAGCCUUAGGUUAACUAGAUUAUAUGAUGGCGGGAGAGGUUCAAGAGCCGUUUAACCUAAGCCGUUUGGAGAAUUCUAUCCACUCGGGAUCAGUAUCAUUUGGAAGAUUCGAGAAAGAAUCUUUAUCAUGGGAGAGGAGAUCAUCCUUUUCUCACAAUAGAUAUCUUGAAGAGGCAGAGAGAUUCUCUAAACCUGGCUCUGUUACUCAGAUGAGAGCUCAUUUCGAGGCGCAUUUCAAGAAGAAAGGGAUUAGGUUUCCGAAUCCUGUUGAAGCUCAGACAUGGGGAGAAGAAGUUGUUCAUCAUCAAACUUGUGCUGAGAAAGAUGAUAAUUUGUGGGAGAACACGAGUCAGUUCGGUGAUUCUUGUGUGAGUUUUGAUGGUGAUGAUAAUACUUCUCUAUCUGUUGCUUUGGAGAAAAUUAAUAUCAGUCGCAAUGAGGAUGACAAUGAAACAAUCUCAUCUUCCUCUGCAACUAGAUCGAAGCCUUUGAGAAAUGUCCACAAAACUGUUCCUUGUUCAACGAUCAAAGUUUCUACGAAGAAGCAUGAUGGUGUCCUAACAAAGGGAGCUUCUCCAAGUUGUAAUACUAAAACCAUUGACACUAAGAGACAAAAGGAAUUGAAGCCUAAGAGGAUUGUUAAAACUGUUGCAUCUCAAGCUCCAACAACAUCAAAGAAAACUGAGAGCCUAACUCCUUUGGUGGCUACAAGAGAAAAGAGAACAACUACUAGUGGUUUCAGUUUCAGAAGUAAUGAACGAGCUGAGAAGAGGAAAGAGGAAAAGGUAAAAUCCGUAGUAGUGCCUAAGGAUCAUAACUUUAAAGCAAGACCAUUGCCUAAAAGUACACAAGCUAGACCUCAACACACGUCAACAAGUCAGGCAAAGGCAAAAGCAAGAGAUGAUCACUCAUCUACAGCUAGUUGUGAUCGGUCAGUGAUUAAUGGAAUUGCCAAGAGUAAGCUCAACAUUAAAAAACACAAGGCGGAUAUACAUAUGAUUCAAAGGCCAAAGACCAGCAGCGAUCUGAGCUCCAGAAGCAACUCGAUCCGAAGGAGUUUAGUGGUUAGGCUUUCUCCGGUUGAGGUUGCUUUGUGAGCAAUUCACCAACUCUGCUUGUUCUUUAGAUUCUGUAGUUAGUACAAUGCCCUCAAUUGUUUAUUUUGCGUUUGUGUUUGUGUAUUUGUGUUUUUAUGUUAUAGAAAUCAUUAUAACAAAGAACCGCAAAUACGAAUAAGCAAUGUAACCUUAUGUUAGAAUUAUCUUUCCACUAAUAAAUUUC